CGAAAAAUGUACAAACGUUCAAGACAAAUGUACAGUCAAGCCGUGGGGAUUAUAACAUCAAAACAAAAGCUAUCAGCAUCAAUAUAUCAAGAAUAACAGAAGUCGGUAAUACUUGUUCAAAGAUAAGACAGUGUUGCUACAUGUAAUGGCACUACUGUACCUAACAACAAAUUUGAUAGUACAUAAAAUUAGGUUCGUAUGUCUAGUAAACCACAAGUUAUCGUAUGAAUGAAUCAUGAUUUGUUUUCAUUUCGAUCCUGCGUGGUAAUAAUGUAUAGUAUCUUUACCCAUGAAAUGCAUACAUAACUCACAAGGAAAUAUAUACUAUGAUUACGAUAAUCUUAAAUAUACCAUAAAAAAUCUCACUGCUCAACCAGCAACGAUCUCUGUGUUUUAUAAACGUACAUCAACAAGCUACCUAAUCGAUAUACUAGACCAUAAUAUUCCUCACUAUACGAUCGCCUUUCAUUCAUGAAAUUAUUGAAUCUAUGUCUUAAUCCACUGAAAGUGUUGUAUAGGCUUUAUGAAUUCAGUUAGUUGUAAUCUGUUUAUGAAGAAGCAUCAGGAGUGUACUACUCAUAAACAGCAGGCAUGCUUAUAUAUAUGUAUGUGGAUAAUAAAAGUAUAUAUUUUCAAAGGAAAAGGUUUAAAUGGCUAUAUAACUUUUAUUGCUCGAAAGUGGUUUGGAUACCGCGCAUAUAUUAAAAUGUCCAUCUGCAAUAACAAGCUAUGAUUAUGCGUGAUUUUCAGCACAGAAUGCUUUUGUGUGUCGUCUACAAACUGUCUGGCUGUCAGGAUUGUUACGAACAUUGCUUGCUUCUCAAAUUAUGUUGCAUGCAUUUAUCAAAAAAAUUCCUCCAUCCCGUCACGUGUCUUCGUAUUAUCCUGAUAAACCAAUAGUAAGGUUUUAAAUGAGCAUUCAAGUCAUGGAUGAACAGCUGUGGUAGGAAACAGUUUUAAAGCCGGACGAAAUAUGAAAGACCUAAUGCUAAAUAGGAGUUACUUAUGUUUAAACCCAGACAAAACAUUGGAUGAUAGCAGUGCAAUUGGUUAGCUGAUACGCUUGUAAAAUCCGUUUCAACUACACAUAUUAAACAUCUCUGGCCAACGAAGAACACAGUUAAAUCAUAGCACAGUGCUCAAGCAGGAAGGAACAUGCAUAUCGCAGUAAUUUAUCCCAUUUUAACAUAAACAAGUGAACAGUUGAUGUGAAUAAUUUUGUUUCUAUCAGUAUUUCCUGCACGUUAAAAUGCUGUGUUAUCUUGGCACGCUGUGGACUCCUUGGAUUUAUAGAACAAUGCGCGUCAAUGUUUGUAACCAAACAAUGCCACUAUAUAUAUUUUUUUUUCAUUUAUACAGUAUGACUGGAGUCAGCCGACACGAAGAAGCUAAUGUUCCUGAUGACGACGAUCCAUCUCUAAACGACCCAUUAAAUCACCGUAUACCAAAGUGUGCACGUUGUCGUACACACGGUACAGUGUCCUGGCUCAAAGGCCAUAAACAUCUAUGUGAAUGGCGCGACUGCACGUGCGCAAAGUGUACCGUGAUCACACAGCGUCAGCGAAUUACAGCAGCAAGGGUUGCGCUUUUACGACAGCAGCGUAAAGGCUACGACAAAGGCACGAUAAUGGAUGGCGAGAUGGAGGAAGGAAUGGCCGCCGAGUGGAGGUCUGAGGAGUUCGUCUCAAGUCCAAGUGCGUUUCAAAGACCAUCAAUGAUUUCUGUUGCAGCUAUUCAAUUCUCAGAAGACGCCAAUCAAGAUACCGCAACCUCACCAAUACAGGAACCCAGUUCUUCCGACGAGGUGACAGGCAAACAAAAACGUCUGUCAGCGGACAACACAACUGAAGUGAAAAUCGAAAUUGAAAGUACGGAUGAUCUUCCGGAGGAUCCCGAGCUUCAACCGAGGUCGAUCUCACCUCCACAACGCAUAACAAGUCGGAAGCGACCACAUAGCGUAGACUCGCCGUUUCUAUCCGAGCGGUCAGGACGGUGGGAUGGAGAGGCUUUACCGAAACGAGUUAAACCAGAGCCACUUGAUGUGAUGUGUAAAGCGUUCCCUGGUCACGGCCGUGAUGUACUGGGUCGUAUACUUCAGGGAUGUGGGGGAAAUGUGGUGCAAGCUAUUGAAUGUAUAUUAGAGAACGAGGGACCCACUCCAUUGCAUGCUCCCAUACCUCUUGUGCCCAACCCUGGACUUUCACCUGUACUCUAUUCCGGGUAUACACCCGAACGUGCAAUGUUACACAGUGCUGAGAAUUUACAACACAAUAUUCGAAUGACGACAGUAUAUCCUACCUACCCACACCCGCCCCCGCCCCAAGCGCGGGUGAAGGGAAACCCACAUACUCUUGUACCUUACACGCAUGCGCCUUAUACCAACAAGAAUGUUCAAAAAGAAAAAGAAUUCGCAGAGAACGGGACUUUACGAACGAGUGAAGCGAAGAAAAUCUAUUGCACAAAUUGUGGACAUAAAUUCCAGGAAAAUGAUAAGUUUUGUGGAAACUGUGGAGAAAGAAUUACAUUGUAAAUAAUAUACAAGCUAGCUCAAAACCGUUUUUCACAGAGCUAUUACAUGACGUAUGAGGUGAAUACUAACCACUGGGGUCAUUGCAGGGGGGCAUAAUAUUUUAGUGGGACUGAAUUUGAUAAAUUAAAAUAUAGGGACAUGGUUUAAUAGUUGAUCGUUUUAUAGUCCAUAGAGUCUGUGCAUGAUCCCGGGUGACGCACAGAAAACAAACAAAAGGUGACCUUCUUGCUAGUUUUCCGGCAGAUAACCCAUAAAUUAGUCAGUCUAUUUAACGAACUAUAUUUUUUAUUGUGCAGUUCCUUUCGUUUUACUUGUAAAUAGUUGGCUUGAAUAAAAGCAUCAGAGUAUUACAAUAUUAUAUUACGUUAAGUAAGCAGUAGGUAGUAAGCCC